AUGAAUGGGGAGCAGGAGACUGACGUGACUCUGUUCGGCGACGAAGGUGCAGAGGAGGAUUUGUAUGGGGCGGAGGACUAUGAGGAGGAUGAUGUGUUUGGGAGCGGCAAUGGUCAAUUACGAGAGAUAUUUGGUCCGGAUCUGCAGACAGUAUUCGACAUUAUAGCAGGACGUCGUUCUCGACGUCCGGCGGAAGAGGAGGACCCGACGGAGCCUACUCCGAGUGCGGCGGAGGAGCCGCAGACGUCGCCGGAAGAGGCCGUGGCGGAGGCGGAUGUGCCAGAAAGGUUAUAUUUGCGAUACGAACACCGGGCAUUACCUGCAAGUGACGCUGUAUUGGCCGCAGAGGCCGAAUGGAUAACACAGACGUUGAAAAGCUUGUGUCUACGUGCACCCGUACCGGCAGAACGCGCUAGGGUUGGUGAGGGCGCAGGCUUGUUCGAUGACUUCGCCUUCACCGAUGUCUUCAAUGAGAAACGCCAACGCGAACGUUAUGACCUUAUCUUUAAACGCUCCGGCUUCGAUACGGACAAACCUGAAGAUGCUGGAGCAAGCGGCUGCAUGUUCUUCUCACCGGAAAAAAACAUAGAGCAAGACAUUACCGAAAAGGCCGAACUCUGUCUCCGUAUGCUCCUCAACGAACGUUACGAUGUACCCUACAUAUGUCAGCAUUGCUCGCAUAUUCUCAUGCCCCCGCUGACACGAGAUGUCGUCUGGAUGAUAUAUGCCCUCGACGUUGUCUGGUGGCGUUUGAACGAAUUCAAACGAUACGCCGAACACGCAGGCCGGCGAGCCCGGGGGGGCGGCGGCGAAGGCGCCGCCGGCGCGGCGCCGGCCAAGCCGGUGAAGCGGCGACGGACGCACUUGUCGCCGGAGCAGGUGUUCCACAAGUACUUUACGCAGACGGGAAUCCGGUCUGCGUGGACGGCGUCGUUCGUGGACCCGGCGGAGGUGGGUCGUUUCAUUCGAGAGAGUGGACAUGACUUCAUGGACAUGGACAUUGACGGGAGUUCGAUUGCACGCGUGUCGCGCGCACCAGCGGCUCCGGCGGGACUGACGGCGGCUGCUGCGGCGGCGGAGAGUGCAUUUGAAGGCGAGAGUGGUGCUUUGCGGAGUCAGGUGCGUCGUUGGCUGGAGCAAUUGUUGAAGGAGCGCGAGAUUGCGUUGAAUCCGGAGCAGGUGGUGGAUAUGGUACUGCGUUUUGAGGGGCGUCAGCUGGCGUUGCAUCCCGAGUUCCAUGAGACGGUUCGGCAGUGGUACGUGAAAGAGGCGCGGGUGACGACUUUGACGACGAUGAAGGGCGAACGUGUGGUGGAUGCGGGUAGUCCGAACUGGUUGGCAUGUCGGUUGUUCAAUAAGCCAGUAGCGCACCUUUGGUCGCGGUCGGAAAUGGGUGUGAACGAAGAGGACCAGCGGCGACUGAGAGAGACCGUGGACCGGUGGGAGAGGCAGCGUGUAAGACUGGAGAUAGAGGACGACGCAAACGCGCACCGCCACUUCGGCCUCCUGAUCGAAGAAGCUGAAAAGGACGAGCUGAUACACGUACUCUAUCACCCAUUGACUGAACUUGACCUCGUGCCUUGGCGACCGCCAAGACAUGGACUCGAUGCAGGCUCGACUCUCAACGACGUCGGCGGGCUCGCCGGCGCCAGCCUCGGCGGGUCCACCGCUUCCGGCUGGGCCGAACGCGCACGCUGGGAAAAUUCAGAGGGCGAAUAUCCCGAAGAGAAACGGCGACUUGAAUUCUUGGUGCAACAGGACGUGGGCAAGACCAACGCCUUUGUGCAGCGCGUGGCCGAAGUCAUGGUCGACGACAAAGAACCGGCCGCCUGGGUCUGGUUCGUGAACGAAGUGGUUAAACACGCAGUUCUCAGAGAACUCAUUCCCUCCAUCCGACUGGAACUGAAGGAAAAAAUUAUCAAAGAAAGUCAACGCUACGUUGACCUGCAAUGCAGACAACGAUUACUCCUGCAACUCAGCAUGAACUACAAACUCGCUCACGAACAACACAUAUUCCCCGACUUCAGCGCCAUGGCUAAGGCUGAAGUCGAUGACAUGGUCGACGUCUUGGUCGAAGGCAGCAAAAAACCUGAAGAUCCCAAUCCACCCGAAGAUCUCGGACCUGUCACCACCCAGCCCCUCAUCUACAGCCUCGUUAUCGAGCCCGACGGAGAUUGCGCCAAAUCAGCACCCGUCCACCUCGUCAUGGCCAACCGCCAAGGCCUGCUCGUCAAAACGCUCACCUAUCCCAGCCUCCUGGAAUAUGUGCUCGGAGACCCUGAAGCGCCCAAACCCAGAGACCUAGAAAACCUCCUCCUGAGCCUCCGGACGCGGCCGAAUGUUGUUGCCGUCCCGCUCAUCAAUGCUCUGUCCCUAGACUUGUUUAAUUACAUCAAAGCGCUCUCAGACACACGUGUGCGCUACCCCAAAAAUUCAUGGCGCACCGUGUUCGUUCCCGCCUCCGUAGCCCUCCUGGCCUCCAGCAAGGACAGUAAGGCCGGCGGCAACGGCCAGGGCGCAUCCGCCCAGGGCUUGUCGACUGCGAUAGGGCUCUCGACGAUCCGAUAUACUGCCAAUCCUGUCUACGAAACUGCUUAUUUAUGGGAGGAAGGCGAGAAGAACCCGUUGUUGUCGCUUCCGCUGCACUAUUUGCAGCACAAAAUCCCGGUGGAGCAGCGCCUGGAGACCUUGAGGGAGUGUUUGACGAUUGCCAUCAACGCCAUUGGAAUUUAUCCGAACAGGCUGCGCGUUCUACAUCACUUGGCGCCCUGUCUCCAGUUCGUUUCCGGCUUGGGUCCGGUGAAGGCCCGGCGCUUGAUUAAGGAGCUGCAGCAGCCGUUGGCGGCGCGCGAGACGCUGAUGGGGCUGGGUAUAGGCAAGCACGUGUUUGUGUCCUGCGCGUCCUUUUUCCGCAUUCCGGCGACGGACGAUUUGUUCAACGACCGCUACGCGGACUUGGAUCCGUUGGACGACACGCGGAUCCACCCGAUUGAGGAGUACAGCACGGCGAAGAAGAUGUUGCGCGACGCCCAGGACGACCCGACGGAGCAGCAACGUUCGGCACGGCGGUCAUCUGACUACGACUCGGCGCAAUACGACCCGAAACAGUUAGAGAUCACGUUGGAGGACUUGGAUCUGGAGGCGUACGCUUACAUCUUGGGCCAAGGCGGUCGCCCGCGCAUGCUGCCGCACCUGGAGAUGCUCAAGAACGAGACCAUUCGGCCGUUCGUGGACCCGCGUUUGCUCGUGGAGAAUCUGACGCCGGCCGCGUUGUUGCGAACAGUCAUGGCCGACGAAACCAAGUGCCGACCUACAGCAUUGCUACAGGUAUUGGUGGAGAGCAACACGCAGUUAUUGGUGAUCCCGGCGAACCUGUAUGCGACGGUGAUCGACUUUGCGCAUCCGGAUGCAGCGCGCGUGAGUAAGGGCCAGAUCCUGCGGGCGCGCUUAAGUCGCUUGGACGAGCACGACUUGGCGAUCGUGUGUGCACACACUAGUCGCGAAAUCGGCGAGAUUUUUAAGCGCGCGGGUGCGCAGCUCUGUCACGACCCGAACACGCUCUCGCCGUUGCUGCAGGACGACAUUGAGAUGGCGAGGCAGAACAAGGGCCGCCGUCAGAUCCAGGGCGAGCAGCAUGUGCGCAAAGUGCAGCACCCGUGCGUGAGCAAUCUGGGCCACCGCGAGUUGUUGAUUACGUUGUCGCGGCAGGCGGCGAGUGCCGGAGCGUCGCUGAGUGUAAGCCAGAAGUGCCGUUUCCGCAUUGGGCACCAGAAGAACAACUUGAUCCUCUACAUCGCCGUGCACCCGCAGCCUUUCCGCUUCAAGGCCAUCCCAAUCGAGGAGGCGGACGUACCGAAUGACGGGCGGAGUGUGGGCCGCCAACUAAUCAUCAACAGCGUGGGCAGUUACUCCUCGCUCAACGAGAUCAUUGCGCGCCCAUGUACCGCUUUCCUUACGUUCGUCAACGACGUUGUUAAACACGAAAAAUUCAAGUCGGGCACGCCCACUGAACUCGGCAACUCACUCACCCCCCUGUCCCCUGGCAAGGUGGAGUGGGGCAUCUGCUUCGACUCCAACUCUGACAUGCACCAACUCACUGAACGUUUCUGUAUCAUCACCACUAGCAUCUCCUCCCGCACUGGCGCCAAACGCGUCACCAAGGACCUCAUGCAAGUCACUGCCCAGGGCUUCAAGGUGUGGACACAACCCAACAACACGCUCCAAAGUAUGCUCUCUUGGUACAAGACCAAGGGUUUCCCUAACAGAGAAUCCUACAAAGCCGAGUUCGAGAGGCAAAAGCAUCAUUCGUAG